UUUUAGACUGGCUGGUGCAGCCGAAACCUCGCUGGCUUGGUGGCAACGGCUGGCUCCUGGAUGGCCCUGAGGAGGUUCUGCAAGCAGAGGCUUGCAGCACCACUGAGGACGGGGCAGAGCCGCUGCUCUGUCCCUCGGGCUAUGAGUGCCACAUCUUGAGCCCUGGUGACAUGGCCGAGGGCAUCCCCAACCGUGGGCAGUGCGUCAAGCAGCGCCGGCAAGCAGAUGGUCGAUUCCUACGACAUAAAUUUUACAAAGAAUAUCCAGAGGGUGACUUGAAGAAUGUGGCAGAGCCUGGGAAGGGACAACAGAGGCACUUUCAAUAAAGCAGCAACAGGCAGCCAAUUUGCAAGAAAACUCCUCCACUUCCUGCUAAGCCUUGGAAACAGUUGGGAAAAAUGAUUGGACCCCCCAGAGAUCAUGCUCAGCUCAGCAGAGCAUGGUCCCGGAGAUCCUUAGAGACAGGACACUGGGCUUCAGUCCCAACAUGGCCCUAGGAUGGGUGACUUUGUAGGAGCCACCGAGCAGCUCUGGGUCCCUAUUUCACCAUCCUGGAAACAAAGCCUUGCAGUGCCACAAGAUCUUUACCCUGGGAAGAAGGCACCGCCUUCGUGAGCAUUUUUGAAGCCGUUUUCUAAGACAAUUCAGCAUCUUGGUUGUUUUUUUACAGAUUUCAUCCGGGUCUGACUCUGGAAGGCAUGUACCCAUCCCAGAUGUCCUCAAAAUAACUUCAUUUAUCAUAAAAUGGAAAUGAACUUCGUUAGCCGUGCAUGAUUCAUAGUUU